CCGAUUCUGCUCUUCUUCUCCUUUCUUCCCGCUGCAGCCACCCGAAAGAAAAAAAAAAAGAGGAACCCAGCCAUGCCUUGAGAAACCGGUGAGAAAGCUUGGAUUUCUCCUCCUUUUCUUGUUCUUGAACCCAGAAAUCUCCCUCCCCUGCUGGAAAAUCCGAAUCUGCCUUGCUCUGUCCGCCGGCUGCUCUUGAUUGUGGGUGAUUUCUGGGCAUUUUUUUUCGGUAAGAACAGCCCCUAAUUCCUUUGUUCUUGCUUGAAUUGGCUUGGGUUAACUUUGAUUGCUCUUAUUUCCUUCAAUUUUGGGUAAACCCGUGAGCUUCCCUGCAGCUUGCCGCCGGCUUCUUCCCCCUGCUAGUGGUGACGGGACUAAACCCGUUUUACACGAGCAUGACUGAUUUGAAGUGAAAUGUUUUAUGCUUUUCAUUAAAUUGAGCAUGCCUACUUGAAAUUUAAGUGACUGUCCUGAUGAUUUGAAAGUGAUUGUGAAUUGUGAUUUUCUUGUUAACUUCUGCCUGUUUUGUCUUCGAUGUGGUCAUGUUAUUCGUGACCCUGCUAGUGGGGGAGGUUAUAAACACUAGCACAUGUCGGCACAUGUCGAUAUGUUAUUCGUGACCCCGCUAGUGGGGGAGGUUACAAACGCUAGCACAUGUCGACAUGUUAGUGAUAGAGUCGGUUCGUUCAACCCUGCUAGUGGGGGUUAUACACCAGCAAAUCGUGUGCCCGCCAGUGGGAGGUUUAUAAACGCUGGCCAUGACCUAUAGAGGAGACGUCUAUUUCGUUCCCGUACUGUAUCUGUUUUGCGUGAUUGCACAUGUGGCAUGCUAUAAGUUUAAUAAUUGGCACUCCAUAUUUACUUACUGAGUUUAUCUCAUAGUUUUUCUUGUCCACCAUUUCAGGAAAUGAAACCGAGGACGGGGA